AGCGCCGCCGCCGCCGCCGCCGCCCCGACGGGCGCCCCCCGCCGCCGCUCGACCCCCACCGCCGCCAUGAAGAAGGAGGUGUGCUCCGUGGCCUUCGUCAAGGCCGUGUUCACCGAGUUCCUGGCCACCCUCAUCUUCGUCUUCUUCGGCCUCGGCUCAGCCCUCCAGUGGCCGUCAGCACUGCCCACCGUCCUUCAGAUCUCGCUGGCCUUUGGCCUGGCCAUAGGCACCCUGGCCCAGGCCCUGGGGCCCGUGAGCGGCGGCCACAUCAACCCUGCCAUCACACUGGCGCUCUUAGUGGGCAACCAGAUCUCCCUGCUCCGGGCUGUCUUCUACGUGGUGGCCCAGCUGGUGGGCGCCAUUGCUGGGGCAGGCAUCCUCUAUGGGCUGGCACCGAAAGGUGCCCGGGGCAGUCUGGCGGUGAACUCGCUCAGCAACAACACGACACCAGGCCAGGCCGUGGUGGUGGAGAUGAUUCUGACCUUCCAGCUGGCGCUCUGCAUCUUCUCCUCUACCGAUGCCCGCCGCACCAGCCCUGUGGGCUCCCCGGCCCUGUCCAUUGGCCUGUCCGUCACUCUGGGCCACCUUGUGGGGAUCUACUUCACCGGCUGCUCCAUGAACCCAGCCCGCUCCUUCGGCCCCGCGGUGGUCAUGAAGCGGUUCAGCUCUGCGCACUGGGUAUUCUGGGUGGGGCCCAUUGUGGGGGCUGCCGUGGCUGCCAUCCUCUACUUCUACCUGCUCUUCCCCAACUGCCUGAGUCUGAGUGAGCGUGUGGCCGUCGUCAAGGGCACGUACGAGCCCGAGGAGGACUGGGAGGAGCGGAAGAAGACCAUAGAGCUGACUGCCCACUGACCAGCGUCAGACGGGGACCAGUCCCUCAGCCCCUGAAUGGCAGGGGAAUAAAAAGCAUGACGGCAAAGCUUCCUUUCCCCACAGCUGGGUCCUCUGGGCUAGGGAGGAGGUACUGGCUCCCCAGGCUGCAGUUAGAAAUGGGAACAGGAGCUUGUGACAGGACUCUGAGGCAGGGGCCAGGGGCUGGGGCCUGAUGGGAAGGGGGUCUCUCUGGGACAGGGCAGGCUUCUGCCACGAGGUCAGACCUCAGCAAUUUUGAACUCAGCACCAAGUUCACAGGCUGCCCCAUGGGCAGGCCAGAAAGGGGUGGUCUGCAUUCUUCAACCCCCGCUGUCCCCAGCCCCUCCUCAAGAGCUAGAGGGAUCCCAGCCCCUAGGAUGGCAGAGGCUGACCCUCCCCAGAGCUCCUUAAGAGGGAGACAGACUGGUUCAUUAAGUGCUGCCUUAUUUAUUUCUGCUUAAACACACAUGGGCUGGGGAAUAGUGGGGUUUUCCCCUAGUGGGCUAGGGCUGCUGGUGUUUGCAAUGGGGGCUUCCCAAUAAACCACUGAUGUUCA